AUGAAGACAGAGAAGACGUACGGGGGGAGCAGCAUCCCCGAGAUCAUCAGCACAGAGAGCAAAAAGAAAGACCAGACCAUGCACCAGAGGACAGACACACACGGCGUGAAGCUACACGACUUUGCGGAGUUGGCCAUACGGAUGUGCCCGAAGAACGAGAAGCAGCCGAAGACCAUCCACAUACACGCAGAUGGGAGUUACUACGACACGAAGCCAGAGGACACGUCGUGGUCCAUCGUCAUCAUCAAGCAAACAGUGGAUGGAUUCAGCUUCUUGGGAUACUUGACGGGCAAGGCAAAAGGAAGCACGCGGACAAAGCAAGAAGGAUCAGCAAACCACAACACAGGCGAGCUCACGGCUCUACUGUGGGCAUACGUGGCAGCAUACGCGAACUACAGAGAAUACGAGGUACACAUGCAUGCGGACUGUGAAGCGGCACGGGCAGCAGCGGACGGUACCCUGGCCAUCGCCGCGGACUACGAGCUAUCGCGGCUGACGGCGCUGGCAGCGGAAGAAGUGGGAAGAAGGAUGAAAGUUACCAGCCACUACGUGAAG